GUUAAAGAUUUUAAACAGACUCGGUUUGUAAGUCUGUUAAUCUAAGGAGUUUAAACACGUAAAACUCGCAGAUUAGCGCUGUUUGCGGUUUGUUUUGUUUUGUUGUUAAAGGUUGUAUUUGAUGAAUUACUGAGAGGAAUAGUUCGCAGACAGAAGCUGAAUCCGACUCCUUUUCCGAGUUUGUGGUUCCACCUUAAACAGAGCCGCAGCGGCAAGUUCGAGCGAGGAGCUGGUCACUCUCUCCGGGAUGUCUGAGGCCGAUAGGAUCUCCAGCCUGGUGUACGAUCGGUACCGCUCUCUGCCCCGGAGAGGAAAGCCCGAGACCGGGCUGCAGUGGACUCUGCUGGCCGCCGUGCUGAAGAUCAGCGAGGGAGCAGACGGACAGAGCGUCCAGAGGGAGGUCGUGGCUUUGGGCACCGGAAGCAAGUGCAUCGGCCGCAGCGCGAUGAGCCCAAAAGGUGAUGUGUUGAAUGACAGCCAUGCGGAGGUGAUCGCACGCAGGAGCUGUGUGAGGUAUCUGACGGAGCAGCUGAGUGGAGCGCUGCGUGGUGACCACAACUCUAUUUUCUGUCCCUCUGAUCAGAGAGGAAAAUGGAAGCUUCGGCCUGGAAUCUCCUUCAUCUUCUUCAGCAGCCACACGCCCUGUGGAGACGCCUCCAUCAUCCCCAUGAUUGACAGCCAGGUUCAGCCAUGUCCACCAGUAAAGGCAGAGCAGGACAACCGCGUGACCAAUCAGGACUCAGAGACUGGAGGAGAGAGGUGGAGUGAAGAGACUGGAGGAGUGAGGAAGCGCCUGAAAGUCUCACCAGAUGAUGCACAAACUGGUGAUGGUUCACAGGCAGAGCAUGAAACUGCAGUGGAACGAAACGCUGAAUCUGUGGAAAGUGACUCUGUCCAGCAGCCUGACAUCCACCGCACUGGUGCCAAGUGUGUUCCUGGGGGCCCGGCGGACCCCCUGGGUCCCGGGUCGGGGUACCACAGCGUAGGGCUACUGCGGGUGAAGCCCGGCCGGGGGGAGCCCACCCUGUCGCUGUCCUGCAGUGAUAAGCUUGCCCGCUGGACCAUUAUGGGCUUCCAGGGGGCCCUGCUGAGCCACUUCCUGCAGGGGGGGCUCUACUUCAGAGCAGUGGUGGUGGGGAAGUGUCCAUACAGCCAGCAGGCCAUUGAGAGAGCACUGAACAGGUGUGCUCAUGUGUCCAGUCUUCCUGAGGGGUUUUCGGUUCAUCCCCCUGAGAUCAUGCAGUCUAGCCUGGAGUUCAUCCACAGCCGCACAAACACCCGUCCAUCCCUCAGCGACGCACAGGGCAGAGUUGUGCCAUGUGGGGCAGCUGUGAGCUGGUGUGCCGUCUCCAGGCGGCCUCUAGAUGUCACCGCUAACGGCUACAAGCAGGGAGUUACCAAAAAGGCUCUGGGGACGCCGCAGGCUCGGUCUUUAAUUAGCAAGGUGGAGCUCUUUCAUUCUUUCCUGGAACUGCUGGCUACAGUUGAUGACUCUCAGCUCCCAGAAUCCCUCAGGGGUAAGGAGCUGAGCUCAUAUUGGGACUAUAAACAGGCGGCAGAGGAGUACCAGCAGGCCUGGGAUGCGCUGCGGUCUCAAGUGUUCCCUCUUUGGCCCCGAAGCCCCCGUGAGCUGCUGCUGUUCUGCAGGGACCCCCCUAGUGCCCCCAACAGGUCAAGUUUAGCCUCAUCAGGACAGCAGCAGUCCUAAACCAUGGACUCGAGGUCCUUGCAUGGACAGGUGCUGUUUAACCCUCAGGAGGUCCGUACUGACAUCCUGCUUCUAUUUCACUUAAUUAGUAAUUCCAUUAUUAAUUACACAGCUACAUUAAUUAUGAUUCAUUUGCAUUCCGAAUGGACAGAUUAUAAUAAAAUAUUUCUUCUACACCUAGAAAUGUUCUUGGUUCUUCAGGGGUUCUUUAGUAAAGAAAAUGGUUCUAUAUAGACCUAUGAACACUCAAAGAACCCUUUGCAUGAUUUAAAGUUACUUUGGCUCAUAGAAGGGUUCUUCAGAUUGAUGGAGAAUGUGCUGCUUAUGGUUCUGUAAUGCUACUGUAGAGCGCAUAAGGCUACAUGACACCCAUGUAAGCUUGUCAUGACAACUGACAUUACCCUACAUAAAUGUUUUUUAAAUGCUAAUAACAGGCAUCCUCUGUCAUAAAGGCUACUUUAGCUAACUUUGAUCAACAUUGGCAGAUAUAACAGUCAUAGUGAAUGAGGCCUCCUGAAAUAAGCAUUUAUAAACAUUUAUGAAGGGUUAUGUCAG